UCAGCAGACCCUGUCUCUUCCAGGGGUGUAAUUGAGACUAGAGGCUGAGGCAGAGGGUGGGCUUAAACUGUUUUCCAGCCCCUGGGAUCUGAAUUCUCUGAAAGAGAGCCGCCACUUGUGAUGGGCCCUUCCCUACCCCCUUUCUUCAAGAAGAUAUGCUCUUCAGGGAAUUAUCUCCUUCAAUUGACUAGUAACUUUGACUCUCAGAUAUUACUUAACUCCACCCUUGCCUGGGUCAAUGCUGACAACUGAAGAAGUCUGCUACUUGCUUUAUGCUAAAAAGUUAAAAAAAAAAAAAAAAUCCCUCUCAGCUCUGGUCCCCAGCCCCUUGGUCUGCCAAUCAAGAGCUGGAGUUAGUACCUGGCUCUUUGCAGCCUUUUUCUUGGGGAGCAGCCCUUUUCUAGUAUUCUGCACUCAGCCGACUCCAAACACCUCUUUUUUUUGUUUGUUUGUUUGUUUUUUGGUCAGUCCUACCUUCUCUCUUCUGGAGACACCUCCAGGUUCCUUUCCUGCUUUCUCUUGGUUUAUCUGUGCUCAGAGCUUGUGUUCAGUAGUCUGAUUUUAUUCAUUAAAUUGGUAGUUGGAGCUUGAUUGAGCUGCCGUCUUCUGCUCCCAGUAAACACUGCUUCUUUUUCCCACAGGAAGUGUUCCAGCUCAGACUACUGUGCCAGUGGGGUAGGGGCACCAUCCUCCGCAGAUUGGGAGACUUGCAGUUCUGUGCUUUAAUCUCAGCCCUUCCACCUGUUACAGACUACUGUAUGAUGUGUGUCUGGUCACGAAAUUCUCCCAAACUAUUGUUCCAGGAACCUGGGAAGGAAAAGAGUCUCAGCAAUGAAUAGGCCACUGAUCGCUACCAACUACAGAUGACUUGCCAUUUCAUUUACAAAGAUGUCGUCUGCUGCUGAAAAUGGAGAUGCAGCACCUGGAAAACAAAAUGAAGAAAAAACCUACAAAAAGACUGCAUCAUCUGCUAUUAAAGGUGCUAUUCAGCUGGGAAUAGGAUACACGGUGGGUAAUCUCACUUCCAAGCCCGAUCGAGAUGUUCUCAUGCAAGACUUUUAUGUGGUGGAAAGUGUGUUCCUGCCCAGUGAAGGGAGCAAUCUGACCCCAGCUCAUCACUACCCAGACUUCAGAUUUAAGACAUAUGCUCCACUAGCAUUCCGAUAUUUCAGAGAACUUUUUGGUAUCAAGCCUGAUGAUUACUUGUAUUCCAUCUGCAGUGAACCUCUAAUAGAACUGUCCAACCCUGGGGCCAGUGGAUCCUUGUUUUUUGUGACUAGUGAUGAUGAAUUUAUCAUCAAAACUGUCCAGCAUAAAGAAGCUGAGUUCCUUCAGAAGCUACUGCCGGGCUAUUACAUGAACUUAAACCAGAAUCCAAGGACUCUUUUGCCAAAAUUUUAUGGCCUGUAUUGCAUGCAGUCAGGGGGCAUUAACAUCAGGAUCGUGGUAAUGAACAACGUCUUGCCACGCUCGAUGAGAAUGCAUUUUACGUAUGACUUGAAAGGCUCUACCUAUAAGCGAAGAGCAUCCCGAAAGGAGAGAGAGAAAUCAAACCCCACAUUUAAGGACUUGGAUUUCCUUCAGGACAUGCAUGAAGGGUUGUAUUUUGAUACGGAAACGUACAACGCGCUGAUGAAAACGCUUCAGAGGGACUGCCGGGUUUUGGAAAGCUUCAAGAUCAUGGACUAUAGCCUUUUGCUGGGAAUCCACAUCUUGGACCAUUCCCUCAAAGACAAAGAAGAGGAGACCUCACAAAAUGUGCCUGAUGCUAAGCGGCCUGGGACACAGAAGGUCCUCUACUCAACAGCAAUGGAAUCCAUCCAGGGUCCAGGGAAGACUGGAGACGGGGUCAUCACAGAGAACCCGGACACGAUGGGAGGCAUUCCAGCUAAAAGCCAUAAAGGAGAAAAACUACUUUUAUUUAUGGGCAUUAUUGAUAUUCUACAGUCAUAUAGGUUAAUGAAGAAGUUAGAACAUUCCUGGAAAGCUCUUGUUUAUGAUGGGGACACUGUUUCAGUUCACAGACCAAGUUUUUAUGCAGACAGAUUUCUAAAGUUCAUGAAUUCCAGAGUUUUCAAGAAAAUUCAAGCCUUGAAGCCUUCACCUUCUAAGAAACGGUGCAAUUCCAUUGCUGCCUUGAAGGCGACAUCUCAGGAGAUUGUGUCCUCAGUUAGCCCGGAAUGGAAGGACGAGAAGCAUGAUUUGCUGACUGAAGGACAAAGUUUCAGCAGCCUUGACGAAGAAGCACUCGGGCCCCGACACCGGCCAGACCUGGUGCCCAGCACUCCAUCAUUGUUUGAAGCUGCUUCCUUGGCAACCACAGUUUCAUCUUCCUCCUUAUACGUCAAUGAACAUUAUCCACCCGACAGGACGACGCUUUAUUCAAACAGUAAAGGGUUACCUUCCAGUUCAAGCUUUACCUUGGAAGAGGGGACCAUCUACUUGUCUUCUGAGCCAAAUGCUCUGGAAAUGCAGGAUGAUAAUGCCUCAGUGCUUGACGUCUAUUUAUAAGUGAAAAUGGUCAUCACUUAAGUAGAUGGAUGAGACACGAACACACUGUGGUGGAAAAGAAGUUUCUCCACUCCAGAAUCACCCAAAGGAACUUGGCUGAGCCCCACUAUAUACUGAGUAAUGAUCAAGUGGACUUUAGAGUUUGCAAGCUAUCAGGGGGAGCCUUGGUCCACAGACUGAUCAGCAGAUGUGAUGUGAAAAAUACCACCCUGUUCUAUCAUUUGCUGUUGCUUGCUCAAAUGUGAAGAACUGCAUGAACCAUAUUUAAGCUGCUUUCUAUACCAUUGCCAAUCACCUUUUUGGACUUGGAAGUACUAUUUUCCUAUUGAAUCUUGCAUUAUUUCAUUUUGCAUGUAUCCAGUGAUUAUACAUAAGCAACAUAUGUAAUCUGCUUAUAUAUAUAUAUAUAUUUUAAAACCAUCCAUGCAAAAUGGUGAAUAAAUUCUACUUUUUUGCAAAAUUAAAAUCAUAACCCAUGUCAUUGAAAGUUUAAAUUGGUUUCAUAUAAAGAUCAGUGUAACAGGUCUGCAUAUACUGUAUAGAAAACUAGCUUCUAUAACUAUUUUUCACUGUUUACUAGUGAAAUGAGAAAAGCAAAGCUAUUUAUAAAAGGCCUUAUGUCGUGUACAUACAAUGUCUCUGAAAUAUUUGUGAUUUAGUUUAUUGCUUGUAAAAGAGAAAUUAUAUAAUUUAUUUAGUAAAUACUACUGUAAACUAUAGUUUUAUUGAGAGAAAUAAAAUAUUUUG